CAACACUUACCGCCAUUUUGUCUCAACAGACGCCGUGCCGGCUUUGAUUUUAUUUGAUUUAAGAGCGUUAUUGGGAUAUUACACUUUCCUUGUUUGCAAAAAAUAUAGUAAAAUGGGCAAGAAAAAGAGCGGUGAGAGCAGUGACCAGUCCAGCGAAGAAGAAUAUGUUGUGGAGAAAGUUCUAGACAGACGCGUGGUUAAAGGCAAGGUCCAAUAUUUGCUGAAGUGGAAGGGCUACAAAGAGGAAGAGAGCACAUGGGAGCCAGAAGACAACCUGGACUGUGCGGAGCUCAUCAAAACCUUUGAGGAUGCUCGUAAAGAAAAGGAGAAGUCAAAGAAACCCGAGGAGCGAGCCAAGAAGCGCGUGCGCGACUCGAGCGAGGACACGCGCAAGUCGCGCGGCGCCUCCGUGUCCUCGGCCGACGGCUCCGACGCCAAGCGCAGCAAGGACAAGGACGACAAGAAGUCCGGCUUUGAGAAGGGGCUUAAGGCUGAGAAGAUUAUUGGUGCCAGUGACGCGACGGGGCAGCUGAUGUUCCUGAUAAAGUGGGCUGAUUCCGAUGAGGCCGAGCUCGUGCCCGCCAAGAUUGCUAACGUCAAGUGUCCGCAGCAGGUGAUCACGUUCUACGAGGAGCGACUGACAUGGCACACGCCGGCGGAGUCCGAGUGAGACGCGAGCCCCGCGCGACCCUUGCAAGCGCAUCCAGACACGCCGCCUACAGCCUGAUUACAACACUCGACUACAUUUGAUCGUGAACCUUGACGUGUAUAGGCACAUGGUCCGUAAACAUUCAGUUAACAUUACUCUCGGUCAAGUUAUUAAAUAUCGACACGGAUGACGCGCCAAAAACAUGUAAACACAUUUUUUAGCGCCUUUUCUGUAUCCAUGUAUAAUACCUUGACUGCACAUUUUUGUGAAAAUCAAAUAUUUCGAAAUACUUAACCUCAUCAUAUGGUACGCAAAAAUAACUGAAUAUGACUCUCAUACUAAAGACAGUUCGAUUAUUUUUGAUAGCCUUUUGUUUUACCUCCUGAGGUUUUUGUAAUUUAUUUUGACUGACAAUAUCACGAUCUUCAGACCAGUGCAAUAAAACUGCAAGUGAAACUUGAGUAAGGUCUGAUUUUUCCAGUGUUCCAAAAAAGAUGAGCUUGUAAAUGAUGCGGGGAAAACUAAAGUACUAGCGUGCGUUGAUAAUAUGUAUACUGAACAAUUUAAAAAUCAUGAUUAUACUAUGUUAUGGUAUAUAAUUUUUCAAGUUAGUAACUUGGUGUAAACUGGCAACAUUCUAAAUUGGAAUAGAUAUCAUAAGUGACUAAGUCCACCAGGGUGGUCAAAGCUAGAUUCGAACUAUCCGGGAUAAUGCCAUGAACUCUAAGGUCACCAACAUUCUGUUGACAUUUUAAUGACCGAUGUGUUACAAGUUUGGACUCGAAAAGUACUAAUAGACAAGUAUUUCUUCUUUUCGUCAGCAAAAUAAUUUUUGAAGCCAUGAAAAAUUGUACAAGGUACAUUUUAAUCAAGAACGCACGCUAGAACGUUUUAACAUUAAUUAUAAUCCUGUUUAUAUUUCCCAGAUGCUAAAAUAACAGUUUAAUUUCCCCAGUUUGUUUCCGUACUUUAGUACAAAAUCUGGAUGACUGGGUACUUCAGUAUAUGGGAAAUACAAAUCAGUUUAGUGUAGUACUGUAAUAUUGUGAUGCGGCGAGAUACGUGUGUAAUUUUGGAAUUCUAAUCGAAUUUCAACUGGAUCUCCUGUGCGGCUAGAUGCCUAUUUGUGCGAACACGACAAGAUGAUAAUUAAAUGUCUAUUGGAGCGGCUAAUGUGCUUCAAAUAUUUGAACAUGUAACUGUUGUCAAAUGUUCACAUGUUUUUGAGAGCCACGAUCACUCCGGUAUAUACGAUUUUGAUAGUUCAUGUAAGUAAACUUUUGAAUGACCGAAACUUGCAUAAAACUAAUUUGUAGCUAGCCGCGCUGAAGUUGGUUUGUUUAAGGUCGGUGCACACCGGAUGCGUAUGUGUUGUAAUGUAUGACGCAUCACAAAAUAUGUCACACCUACUGCGUAGUAUGCGCGUGCAGAGCGCACCCGAUGUGCACUGGCCUAGGGCCUAUGGCGUUUUGAUAUUCCUCAUAUGUACGGACUUAGAUAAGGUUUAAGUUAAUAUUAAGCAUUUGGAAGUUGUGUUUCUAUUCGAGAGUAAGAUAUUAUGACGUCACCGCUGUGAUGGCGGUUUCUGUGCAACACUGGUUUUAUUUUAGGACAACAUAUCACUAGUAUAUAAUAAAAUCAAAUAAAUUUGUUGUAUACUUUUGAGAAUGUUCACUAUACCUACAUUGAUGUUUUAUAGACAAGGACUACAUCAUCUUAUUAGGUAUCUAAAAUUUAUGUGAGAUGAGGAGAAUGUUCUCAGUUCUGAUUAAAAUAAAUUACAAAACAGU